GAGUCCGAACCACAUACCCUGUUAUAUCCACGAUCAAAGAAACUCCAGGACCCGAAGAAAUCUGCGAAAAUUUUGGAGAAAAAAUCCGCGAAAUUGGUGCAGGUGGUCGGGGAGAGCGUUAAAGUCUUGGACCGGGCUUACACUUGGUGUGGCGUGGAUGGCGGGGUGCGGGGGGCUGGACAUGCCCAGGCUCAGUACCACGCCAACCACGGAGCAGAACACUUAUCUCAGGGAGGAGGGGGGUAUCAGAGACGAACUAGAAAAUCAGAUCAUUACUGGAAGUGACAUCAACUUUAUCAGUGAGGUUCAACGGAAAAUCGGUGACGAGUUUUACGAGGACGAUAUAAGCAACUACUCGAAAUCUCCGAUCGUCGAGUCUCCGUCGAAAUCGCCCGCGUCCGACUGUUCAUCAUAUGAACUGAGAGAAGAUUCUGAAAAUAUUUGUAUAAACCUAUUUUGUGCUGAUUCUCCCUUGAAAAACACAGAGGACGGAACAGCAGAGAGUCUAACUACAGCGGAGAAACCGUCUGAACUUGACCCUGAGAAAGGUUUGAAAGCUGAAAAACAAGAUAAACCUGCUUAUCUAGAUCUGAAACUAGGAGCAGAUAAACCUGUAAUCAAGUAUACCGAUCCUCCUUCACCUACUCAAAUAACCAAACCUACUCCAGGUUCCGGGGAUACACAGGAUACUACACAACCUCGUAUUCUUUCUUCUUCCUCUUCCCUUGUAUCUGAAACACUAUGUGAGUCAUCUAAACAAGACCAGGAUACCACACACUCCUUCAGUUCAACUCCGCUAAUCAAAACAAAGUCUGAAGAUAUCAACCUUCCUUCUAAGUACAAAUCCGAAACUCCAACCUCAGCUCCAGUUUCAGCUCAAUCUUUAGCUGUAACUUCAUCCACAGAUUCCCGAAAAGCUCCAGCUCCAUCAACAUCUCCAGCAAGCGCUCCAGUAGGAGCUCCAGUAACAUCUCCAGUAGCAUCUCCAUCUCCUGUUUUAACUGAUGCUCCAACUCCAUCAUCAAGUCCAAAUUUAGAGACUUCUCCAGCACGAGGUUCAGUAGUAGAAUCUGAACAUAUAGAAUCUAAAGGAUCUGUUUUAGAACCUGACAAACUCUCUGAGGCAUUUGACAGUGUUGUGAAAGAGGAAGCUGAACUUAUUUUUCAGAAAAAUCUCGAGUUUGAACAUCAGGACGAUAAUCAAGUCAUUGAACUAGACAAGGAUAAACAAAACGUUGAAAUAGACAUCAGAACGGUCGUAUCGUUCACCUCCUAUCCGUCUGUAUCCUGCCUACCUCCAACCACCUCCUACACCUCUAUCUCCUGCCUGCCAACUACCUACUCCUUGUCCUUGAAGGAGUACGAGGAUAGAGAUCUCAACAAGAGUGUGGAAUCUUCUCCAGAACUGGCUGUUGCAGCUUUCGAGUCCCUGCGGGAGCCAGGGGGGCUUCACAGUGACCUAUUCUCCGAUGGACUAGGCUCCCAUUCACAAGAGGUUCGUGUGUAUAGUGGGGAUGGAGACCUGCAUCAACUUCUCUCGGUUUCGCAUAUCAUGACCGCAACUACAAACGCGGCAUUAGAAAGUGUACUUGAGGUCGGAGGCCUUGAUGCUGGUCUAGUCAAAACAGAACCUGAGGAUCUUACUGGUCGACACAGACAUGAUACAGAGUCGUCCCUGCCUCUAGAUGUGACGACGAAAGCCAUGGGAAUCGUUAGUCAGGACGGAGAUAGCAUCAUUCUCAAUCCUGAUGAUCUACCUCUAGCUCCUGGAUUUUCCUCGACAACCCUCUCAUCAUACGAUUCUACUCCCUUCUCAUCCUCAUACAGUGUGUCAGAGCAUAGCAGAAUUUACGAUUCCCCGUAUAGAGAAGACAGUUUGUACGAUGGAUACAGAGCUCCUAACUCCAGCUACUUUGUUUCCGGUUCCGGUACUCCAGGUCUAUCCGUGGACCUACCUAGUCCUGACUCUGGGAUAGGUCCUGACCAGAUAACCCCCCGUGAGCUUGGAUCUGAUUAUGAUUAUUCAACUCAAAAUAUCCUUGAUCAAAAUACCAUCAGGAGACCUUGGCACGACUACGGCAGAGGGAAUAGUGAGACCGAGAAGGUUCAGAUCUCCAAGGUUUACUCUCCGUAUGGGUUCAAAUACUAUCUGGAUGCUCCAACCAGUAGUUCAGUUAGGAGAGAGGACGAUAAGGUGACGUAUAUUAACAAAGGGCAGUUUUAUGGCGUAACCCUUGAAUAUAUACGGGAUCCAGAUUAUCAUCUCAAAUCUACCACAGUCAAGUCUGUUAUCAUGUUAGUUUUUAGGGAGGGUAAAUCUCAAGAAGAUGAGAUAAAAGCCUGGCAGUUCUGGCAUCAAAGACAGCAUUCGGUGAAACAGAGAAUUAUUGAUGUUGAUACAAAAAACAGUCAUGCUCUAGUCGGACCUAUUGAAGAGCUUUCACACAACGCCAUAGCGGUUUACUGGAACCCAUUGGAGUCAUUUGCUAAAGUCAAUCUAGCUGUUCAGUGCUUAUCCACAGAUUUCAGUACGCAGAAAGGAGUAAAGGGAUUACCACUACACAUACAAAUAGAUACAUACGAGGAUCCUAGGCAGGAGGUUGGAUCCCCUGCUAUACACAGGGGAUAUAGUCAGGUUAAAAUUUUCUGUGACAAGGGAGCUGAACGGAAACUCCGAGACGAGGAGCGACGAGCAGCGAAGCGACGAAUGACGCCGAGCGGUAAACGGCGCCUCGACGAAAUGUACCACGAAACUUUCGAAAGUCAUGAAUAUACAUCACAUUAUCCCUCCCCCCUUCUUCCUACAAAUCUGUUCCUCUGCAUAGAUUAUGAUCCAGAUAAAAGUUCUCAGAUGUGCCAGGAUUUUCCUUCCUUCUAUACAAGAUCCUUGGAACCUGGUAAACCAGUGAUCAACGGAGAUAUUCUUCCAAGCAUACAUUUACCAGUUUGUAGUCCGGAACCUGUUCCCCUGCCUGAAAAGACUGUUCUAGUUUGCAACCCAUUUUCUGAAAAACCUAAACGAGCUCGACUGAUCCCGCCAUCUAAUGAACGAAUAAUGAUAUAUGUAAGACAGGAAACUGAAGAUGUAUAUACUCCUCUCCAUCUUGUCCCUCCUACAGUAGCAGGCCUAAUCCAGGCUAUAGAGAACAAGUACAAGAUCAAUGCCACCAAUAUCCGGUAUAUAUACAGGAAGAACAGGGAUGGGAUUGUUGCAAAGAUUGACGACGACAUGCUCCGGCAUUAUUGCAAUGAAGAUGUUUUCUUGAUGCAGGUUAUGGUUACUGAGGGUCCAGGAGGUGAGGAUAGUAUGGUUUAUGAUAUAACACUCUCAGAAAUACAAGGAGCUAUGGAGCACUGAUCCGACCAACAGUACAUUCGUAGUACAGUCGACAGUACAUGACCUUGUACAUUGUCAUUACAUAAACUUGUACUUUGCCCGUACGUAAACUUUUACAACUUGAAAAGUACAUUUGUUGGUUAGAUACCAUAUCAUAAUAUGAAACCUUCUUGAAUCUGCUUAUGCUACAUCUAGAAGCUAACUAAAUCUUAAAAACAAAAAUAUUGCAAAAAUAUUGCAAAAAUAUUGCAAAAAUAUUGGCUCCAAUCGUUCACAUAUACUUAAGUAACUUGUGUUGUACUGACGACCUUAUAGAUACAGUUUAUGAACUGUACAUAGUUUGAAAUGUUUACAUGUAUCAUCAGUGAAUAUUGUAUCCAUGUACGAAUAAUUAUUUUCGUGCAUUGGACUGGAAUAUUUUUACAUAUUUGUAAUGAAUUGAUUAAUUGCUGAAUUAUGUGCCAUACUUUUAAAACUGUAGUAAACAUUACUACACCCACAUUUAUACAUGUAUAUAUAUAUAUACAUAUAUAUAUAUUUUUUUUUAUAUAUUUUAUAUUUCUGAUUAAGUACAACUCUGUAUUUAUCUAUUGUUAGGCCAACUCAGCUUCCAUAUCCUCAAUAAUUGAUCAAAGUUUCUUCGUAUGGCCUAAUAAUAGUCGUCAGCUGUUAAUAAUCAAAAAUAAAUUUAAUGUCAGCUAGAAUAUAAGAAACUUUUUAGAUAAAGGAAACAAAUUUAAAUUUAUUUUUCAUAUGUAAUGCUCAAUUUUUUGUUAUGCAAUUUUAUUCUCUCCUAGCAUUCGUGCUCUUAAAGGGGAAUGACAACAAAACUUGGGAUCUUCCAACAAUCUGCUUAAUUAUUUGAUAAAUUUGUCCCUUUAACACUAGAAUUGAGUUAUAAAUUAGAGGGAAUAAUGUUAAAUUUAUACAUUUCUAAAUUUUGAAAUUGAUUUUUUGUAUAAAAAAUAUUUAUUAAACUAUGCCCUGAUAUUGUAAAUACAGUGCCUUAAAAUCAAAAAGCUAGAAUACUCUGUGACGAUGUGUGUUAAGGGCUGUGAAGAACUAUUGUGCCACAUGUAUAAGAGCUUGUUGUAGUUUCGGUUUAAACUCCACUAAUGGCGGAGAAUACAUUUAGCAUUUAGUAGUUUAUACUGUUAAACCUGCGAAUAAAUAUGUAAUACUCAAA